UGGAAGGAAGGCGGGGACAACAAGGCCUCUACGUCCGUUGUUCCGUCAUAGGAGAGCUGGUGAUAUGGAUUGGAUACCCAAGAGCGCGUUCCAAGAGGCAUGAUCAGGUUGGUGGUCCAUUCGCCUGACAAAUGCGAGGCUUUGGAACCUGUUACUUCGCCUCUUCUUGGAUCAUAGAGUCCAUGUGUGAGUGAUAGACAGAGAGGUGGGUCAGAAUCCUUCCACUCUGUGUCGGUUCCACUCGGUUUCCGGUAAAUAAUAAACACAUACUUACGCACGGCACUCCUAUCAACACCUCUUUUCCUCGGCCAACUACACUAAGUAAGAUAAAUAAACAGACUACCAUGCCUUCACCAGGGCAGAGCGCUUUAAAGUUCCUUCGCUCAAAUUUGAGACGAGGAGCCAAACCCAAAGUUCGAAUUGCCGUUUUGGGACAAGCCAGCGUGGGGAAAACCGCUCUGAUUGUGCGAUACGUGACGAAGCGAUUCAUCUAUGAUUAUGCGCCCGAAAUCGCCAAGGUCUAUCAACAUCAAACUGUUUUGGACCAAGAAGAGGUGAACAUGGAGAUCUGGGACACAGCUGGGCACUUCAAUUCCAGUGCCGAACUCCGUCAUCUGGAAGUAUUCGUCCGUUGGGCGGACGUGGUGGUUUUGGUCUAUUCCAUUACGGAUCGAGCCUCCUUCAAUUUGGCUCUUCAACUAAUGGAAACCAUCUCGCAAAUACGACCUCGACAACAACAACAGCAGCAGCAGCAGCAACAGCAGCAGCAACAAAUUGAGCAACGUCAACAACAACAAGAGCCACAGAGUCAGUUCUUGAAUGCACAAAUGAAAGGAGGCGAGCACUCAUCCUCGAGUCCGAGUUUUAAUGCCAGACCCAAGGAAAUCCCCUUAUUAGAGCGCAACAACUCGACUCCCGCCAAUUCCAAGGAUCCUCUGAAAAACAGUUUUGAGUUCUGUGAGCAUUGUCCCGAUUUCCCAGUCUUACUGGUGGGAACCAAAUGCGAUCUCUGGAGAGAUCGACAAAUUCGGGUGGAAACAGGGAUGCAGAUUUGUCAGCAAUUUGGAUGUGCAAACUUCAAGGAAAUCUCUACCAAGGAAAGCAUCGAUGAGGUUGGUGAUGUCUUCGAGGUGGCCUUGAGACAGGGUUGGCUCUAUCGGCAGCACCGUGAGCUUACCAAGCAUCGAACCCUGACCCUGUAUCCCUCGUCCAGCUCUCCUGCGUUUGAAAAGUCGAACAGCAUCGACAACGGAUCCAUUGAUUGGUUGGAGAACCAGCCUCCCGGGAACCUCAUGCCUCCGUCGCCCAAUUCGUACUUAGGGAAUUUGUCCCCCACCUCAUCCAACGGCAGUGCCGUGGGCAGCUUCUCUUCGGAUGGGAGGAAACUAUUGAACUUGACGGCUAACGCCUCCUCCAGCACUUCAAUGAGCGCUGGUUCCACCACUGCAGUUGUCACUUUGGCUAAUUCGAGUGCUUCUUCGGCGUCGUGCUCAUCUGUCAAUGAGACCACCCGAAAGAAAUUAUCUCCCAUUGGACCAUCAACCUUUAAAUGUCAAUCACUCAUCUCCAAUAUCAAGAAGUGUAUCACACCGGCUGGCCGUCCGAUGUUUCAUUCGCUUCCAUCUCAAAAAUACCUAGCCCCUCCGGGUCCUUCGGGGUUGACAUCCAGCAUGGGCGUGGCCGAUUUUGACGGGAUCAUCAUCGAGGAGCACCCCAACAACCCGAGUCGAAAACUUUUCCGAUCUCGCGCCAAUACGGACAGUCGACUUUGCUCAAGGAGUCGAAGCAUGUCAAUGGGUGCCAACAUGAACCCAUUCUUCACCAUUGGCAAUGAGACCAUCGAUAACAAGGAUGACACGUGGAAACCCAAAAGGAAAACAAGCGUUUUCUUUCCCUAGCUUCAUAAAACAUUCGCAUUUUUGGGACCUGUUUGAAGAAACUUUGUUAUUGUUGUGAAUACUGAUGACAAGAGAAGCGCAAGUUGUUGAUAAUCAGGGCAUUAGUCGUUCCUCAAUAAAAGGAACGAAUUACAGUUACAGUUACAUUAGUCAAAAAUAGUAAUUCGUUACACGACGAUUACUCGAAAAAAAAAUGUAAUGGCGUUACUCGUUACUUUUUCUAAGAUGACCAAUAUUUUAUGGUUUACUCCAUCCAGACCAUUCUUUUCAAAAGAAAUGUAGUUUUUCGACUCAAGCAGUCCUAAGGCGUAAGAUUUGAAGAUUUCUUGUCAACAGUUUUCAAUAAUGCGCCUUGGCAUUUAACCUUGGCAUAAUUGUUCAAAAUGUAUUGCAUCAUAAUACUUUGAGGAGUCAAGAUCGGGACCCUGGAUGGGAUCAUGUUUGUUAAAGGUUUGAAACAAUGUCGCAAAAUUCGUGAUGGAAAACAGUAUUAGCCGUUGUGAAGUCGGUAAAGCUUCUCUGUAAGAAGUCCAUCCCUUAAGUGAAGUGAAGUGAAGUGAGGAGGCUUUGGAAAUUUGAAGCAUCAUAUUCAAGCCAAGGAGACAUAUUCCGUGCUUGAGUCCAACGGAAUUUGAUUGAGAAGAUGUAAACACUAAAGUAGCAAAUGCAACAAGAUUCAAAACCAUUAACACCUUCAGAGCGGUUAAGAGCAAACACAAUUUUCAACUCUGACUUUCUUUGAUCAAAAUAUACUAGAUGGAAUUAGUAAAAAUGGCAAUUUCAGUGGAGCUUUAAGGUUCUUCAGUUGUCACGAGAUAAACAAAAAAUUAAAGGCCAUCAUGGAAGCUGAAAAAAGAACGAGUAACGAGUAAUUCUUGUAGAUUUUGGGACGUUACAAUUACACAAUUUUAAAAUUUAUUGCAAUUACAGUUCUUUUUUCGAGAAAAGGAACUAAUUACUGUAAUUUCGUUACUUGUAAUUUCGUCACUAAUGCCCUGUUGAUAAUGUGAUUUCGUUUAAUGAUGAAAAAUGCUUUCGUGAAAAGAAUUGGAUGCCCGGUCCCCAAAAGAGAAGGAUAUUGGAUAAACAUGACUCCUAUAGAAACGAAGGCAGAAAAAGAAAAUCUGUUGACAAAAAUUUCGAACUCAUUGAAACAUUGUGAGCUUCGCAUUUUCUUGAUGUCGUCUUUAAUUGUCUUUGAAGGUCUUUUUUUCGAAGGACAAGUGUUGAAAAUCAUUCUGUGACUGGAUUGCUCUCUGGAACAGCUUGAAUAUUCGUGAUUGUAGCUGUGUCAAAGUUUGUCUGAAGAAGUGUUGUCCAUGUUCAUGUGAUGUCCUCCAGACUUUAGGGUUCAAACAUGCAUAUGAUAUCGGAUUGUAUCUGAUCGUUUUCCAUUUCAUUCAAUCAUCUCUAUUUUUGAUUGGCACAUCCAUUGCAUUCAAAUAAAAGUCAUUUACUUUGGUA